CCGAAAGCCCCUUCAAGCCGCCGGCACCAGCCUUGAGAAACCUGUAGGAAAAGCUUGGUUUUGCCUUCCUUUUCUUGUUCAAAAACCAGAUUUGGAGCCUUGAAACUUUCCCCCCUCUCUACAGAAAUUCGAAUAUGCCUUGCUCUACUCCUCACCGUCGGCUGCUCCUGCUUUGUGGGGGCGAAUUGCUUUGAUUUUCUGAUUGCGUGAAUUGCCCCUACACUUGCCGCCGGCUUCUGCCCCUGCCAAGUCCGGUUCUGCAGCUGGAAAUUCUGGUUCUUGAUCAUUCUGUCAGUUUAGCACUAAGAUCGAGUCUUCGAUUUUAUGCGAAUUGAGUGAUUGGUGAAUUAUGAUUUUUCUGUUAACUUCAGCCUGUUUUGUCUCCGAUGUGGUCAUGUUAUUAAUGACCCUGCUAGUGGGGGUUAAACGCUAGCACAUGUCGACAUGUUAGUGAUAAAGCCGGUUCGUACGAGUGACCUUGCUAGUGGGGAUUAUACACCAGCAAAUAGUAUGCCUGCCAGUGGGAGGUUUAUAACACUGGCCAUGACCUAUAGAGGAGACGUCUAUUUCAUUCUCGUACUUUUUUUCUUGUCCACCAUUUCAGGAAGUGAAACCGAGGAUGGGGAAAUCACGGGAAGUGACAAGUUAGAAGGCUAGCCAUAUUGUAAUUGGAUAUGAAAUUUUAGAUAUAACUCAUGAUUUUAAUCUUAUCUUGAACCUUGUCUAGAGUAAAGUCAUGUUAGCAUCCUUUUCUUGAAAAUCAAUUGAUAUUUGGUUUUUGGAAUCUAUUUUGAAUUGUCCUUGAAAGCCAUUCUUGUCCUGACUCUUGCUCUUGCUCAAAUUCUGUAUACUGCUCUUGCUCAAAUCCUGCAUAUUUUGCUAGUUCUUGUUUUAGUAUACUUGUUGAUCUUGUUGAUUUUUUAUUUUUGUUCAUAUGGACACCUCUUUAGGAGGGGUGAUGAUUAUUAGAAAAUGCCUAUAUGAGGCAUCCUGAUUCUUGUCUCUUACAAGUGUUAAUCUCUGUGUUCUUGAGGUCUUAGCUUUGACUUGACUCUAAGAUGUCUAGGAUGACUUGAUUGUAACUCUGCUUAGCCUCCAUAGGCUACGAGGUGAAGGGGUAGUCUUUGAAGUACCUGAUGCCCUAGAGUUUUGUUCCAAGAGAAAUGAUUCUUUAUCUAGCUGCUUUGAUUUUUGUUUGCCCUUUUAAUUGGAAGACAUGAAUCUUCUAAGCAUCUUGAUCCCAACCAUUGCUUUGUUCUGUUAAUUAAUUCUAGUACUUGAGUAUUCUUCCAAGCAUUCAUAUUUUCCAUUGAUUUUAUUCUGUUGUAAUUCUUGAGAUUCUUACAUGUCAUUUGAUGGAUCUAGCUUUUAACUCUUGUUAAUUGCUAAAAUCUGUUUCUUGAUUCCAGUUAUUUUGUUAAACAUAAUCUUGCUUAUUGGUUAACCUUGUUGUGGCAGAAUUUGUAAGGUAUCCAUGCACUCGUUCAUUCAUUCAUGAUCAAUAUAUCCAUUGGAUGCUUAUCUGUCUUUAAUAAAGCUCAAAGUUUUGU